AUGGCAAGAGAGGAGGCAACCAUGACAUUCCGCAAAGCCCGCCGCCCAAACAACAACAACAAUAACCCCCGUCACAACAACAACAACAGCAACAACACCCACUACCAACCCUCCGACUACGAAUCCGACAACUACGCCAACUACCUCUCCGACGCCCAACCCUCCCAACAACAAAUCGACCAAUAUACAGACCAAGAGCAAGAAUCCACCCCCCGCCCACCCCUCCGCUCAAAUGAAGAACUCAACCUCGCCGUCCUCCGCCGCCACAACCCACGCAUCAACUCCAUCAUCUCCCUAGCCCCCUACGCCGUCGUCUACAUCUUCAACCCGGCAUCACGGCAGUGGGAGAAAAGCGGGGUUGAGGGGACGUUGUUUGUGUGUAACUUGACGCAGGGCGCGCUGGGGGAGGAGCGGUAUACUGCGUUUGUGUUGAAUCGGCGGGGGUUGAAUAAUUUUGAUAUCCCGUUGACGGAUGGGGAGAAUGUGGAGAUUACGGAGGAUUAUGUGAUUCUUAAGAGUGAUGAGGAGGCAGUUGAUGCGAAUGGGAGGAAUGGGGGUAACGGGGGGAAACCGGCUGGUGGGAAUGGUGAUGUGCGGAUCUACGGUCUUUGGAUUUACUCGGAGCCACCGCCGAACUCGACUGCGCAGACACGUACUAUUAAUGCUCAGAUGGUUCGUGAAUGUGCUGUGCAUGCUGGACAUAGUCUCCGGAUCGCCCGCGAGCGUCUCGAAGCUUCGCAGCAGAACGGACUACACAUGGCCGCUGAAGCGGCGGCGACGACAGCCGCGCCGCUCGAGGAGGUGCAGUCGAGUGUUCCGAUGGGGAGACAGGUUUCGUUGAAGGAUCUUUUCGGACAGCAGAGGGCGCAGGAUGAUGGAUGGACGGUGAGGGCGCACCAAUUCGGUAUGGAAUGGCCGCCGCAGCAAGCACCACCACAGCAAGCACCACCACAGCCGCCGAUGGGUAUGCCUCCGCCGCAGUCACAGCCGCAGCAGCAGGAUGUGUUGGGAGAUCUUUUCCGAAGAGCAGGAUUGGCGCAUCAGGGUGGUCAGGCAUAUACUUAA